AUGACCUUAAAUCUUUGUGUACUGACCCCUAAUCGAAUAGUUUGGGAUUCAGAAGUGAAAGAAAUCAUUUUAUCUACUAAUAGUGGGCAAAUUGGCGUAUUACCAAACCACGCUCCAAUUGCCACAGCAGUAGACAUAGGUAUUUUGAGAAUACGCCUUAACGACCAAUGGCUAACGAUGGCUUUGAUGGGCGGUUUCGCUAGAAUAGGUAAUAAUGAGAUCACUGUUUUAGUAAAUGAUGCAGAGAAAAGUGGUGACAUUGAUCCACAAGAAGCUCAGCAAACUCUUGAAAUAGCGGAAGCUGCUUUGAGAAAGGCUGAAGGAAAGAGACAAACAAUUGAGGCAAAUCUAGCUCUCCGCCGGGCUAGGACACGAGUAGAGGCUAUCAAUGUCAUUUCGUAAUAAGUCGGUGCGUCCGAAUAAUCAUCGAUUUAUAUAUCCUAUAUAUAAUAUAUAUAUAUUUGGUUGUUUUGUUUGACUUGAUUCUGUCGAGUAAAUACAAUCAAGAGCAAUCCUAUUUUGAUACAACGAAAAAGAAAUAGAAAAUAGACAAGAUAUAAAAUAUCAUUUUACUAAAAUAAAAUGGGUAUAAAAACUUAUUAGAUACCAUUGCGGUAUCUAAUAAGUUCUACCUACUAUUGGAUUUGAACCAAUGACUUCCGCCGUAUGAAAGCAAUACUCUAACCGCUGAGUUAAGUAGGUCAUUUUUCUUCACAAAAAAACCAAAAGGGACUUGUCCCGUCGAUAGAUUAUAAAUCUCAUAUUACUUAGAAGCAAUACCGAUCAAUAUGAUCUUGGAUCGUGGAAUAGUCAUCUUGAUUAUAUUCAUCUUGACAAGACAUUAUCUACAUAAUAAAAUAUGUAUUACAAGCACUAAGGGCUGUAGCUCAGUUGGUAGAGCACCUCGUUUACACGCGCGCCGAUGUUUUUCAGGGGAGUGCAUCAUGCAAUCAAAAUUUUUGAUCUUAUUGAUAAAUCGAUGUCUUACUCCAUAACUUUGAGGGAAGAAGAGAACAAUAGCCUGACAAGGUUCGGUCCGAUUUAGGUGCCCAAUUAGGUGCCAAACAGACCCCAUCAUUGGUUUGAUAUAUUGAUAAGGUGAAUAUCCAGUCUAUUCAAUGCUAGGCUGAGUAUCAGGGCCUCAAAAAAUAUCUUUUCGUCCUAUGAACUUUAAGGUGUAUGAAGUUUCAUAUUUAAUUUUUAAGUAGAGCGAUAGAGACUUCAUUUCACUUAGGUUAAUCUAGGCCAGAGGCAGACCUACGUCAAGAUAACCCCCCCUGAAAAACUUUGGUAGUGUUCCUGAAUCUGAAUCCACAUAAUGACUCAGAGCACAUGGAGCCAUCUGCUUAUUUUUCUGUCAAAAAUAAAAAUGGCGAACUUGCUGAUAUUUCUAGCAGUUAAUGAAAGAGCCCAAUGCACAAAAAAUGCAUGUUGGGUCUUUGAAACAGUUCAUAUCAUUUUGAUAAUAAUAAGUUUGAUCUGUUUUAC